AUGAAGAUCAAAUGCACCUUUGAAGACUGCUUCAAGCACUUUGACAGCCGCCAGGCCAUGUUACGGCACAAGGAAAAAGAUCCGAGACACUCGUACUGCAAGCUCUGUGAUGUGGACUGUGCUAAUGACAUGUUCCUCUUCAUCCAUCAGCUCGGAAGCCCGGCCCACAUCUGCUGUCCGGUCUGUGCAUGCGAGUUCAAGAGUACAAUUGCCAGGGAUGCUCAUAUAGAAACUUACCACCGUUCCUCUCAGACCAUGGAGUGUGCUGGGUGUGGACAGAAGUGCAGAUCGGCAUCGGAGCUGAUGCAACAUAUCGAAAAAGAUGAGUGUGAAGUCAUCAGACUCCAGGAUUUUCAGAUGCAGCGAGCCGAACGCCAGAUCCAGAAAGAUGCGUGGGAGGCAGAGACGGAUCCAUUUGCUAUCAACCCACCUACCUGGAACCAGACGAGUUCUGGCACCAACAACAGUCGGCCUGAUCUUCUAGCGGACAUGGCGAAUUAUGAAGCGGGACGAUCGCUCAGCAACGCCCUCGGUGGACCGAUCUCGACCGCGUCACACGAGCACUUCCCGUCACUCUCGCAGGCUGCAGACUCGAAGGCAGUCAAUACCAGUGCCACUCCACAGCAGUCCAACCACGGUGUCAAGGUCACAAGGGAUCUUGGGGAUCUUGAUAACCGUGCUGCGGAAGCCAUAUCGAAGUUGCACAUCUCUCAACCCACAUGGAGCACGCAACAAGAUGCCGGCACAUCAAAAGAGGAUACCCAAUCCGGACUGGUCAGAGGGUGGCUAAAUUCGGUUGCAACCACGGCUGAACCGCCGACCGACGACUCUAGUGAAGUUGGCUCAUGGUACGACAGAAAGGCAUCAUCCUCUGGAACGCUUGACAAAGUCCCGCCAGCCUACAAGGUGCGGCCGAACUCAGGUGCUCCUCUCCAACACAUUGUCCGAAUGCCCGCUCACUCUAUCGUGUCGACGAGCAAUGGGCUGGAGAUUGAAAAGUACUGGGACUCCAUCGGACAAGUGUAUUCUUGUCCCACCGCCAAAUGCAAACGUCAGUUCAAGACACCCGCUGAUUUCAAAGCACAUCUUCUGUCCUCGGCGCACAUUGGUGGUCAAGUCACCUGCCCCUCGUGCUUGAAGAGGUUUACAACCACCGCGGGUUGGGUGGCCCAUACCUCUUCUGCAAGCAAGCGCUGCGACAUCCGCAACAGUGCCAACUUCAAUCAGGUUAUGCGGGAACUCACCGGCGGACUCCUGGGCACACAAGGAUACAAUGACAAUGGCUCGGUCAAGUUUGUGGCACCAAAGAUUGAAGAUUGGUAG